CAUUGUGCUCGAAGGAAGAACAGAACCAGACUGAAAGGCCCAUUCCAUUGCUCUCGUUGCUAGUCCACUUCAUACGAGAUGGCGACCCCGGUAUCCACCGAAGCUCCUCUAAACGGGCUCGUGAGGUCGGGAUCCGAUCAAGAACGCGAUCUGCAAGCAAAGAUGCAACACAUGAUCAGACUCCAAUACGCGGAGCAAACCAUCUCGAACACGAACGCGAACGCGAAUCAAGAUCUGGCCGGCGGCGAUGGCACCAAAGGGCACCAAACAGGUGCACCUCUCGAAAACGAUCGGGAGGACGAUGGCAGCAGAGGCGGAAGAGGCUUGACCAUGACGAAACGGGGAAAAACCAAGACCCAUGCGAACCUGGAAAAUCUCGGGAACGACACAGACACAAACAGUGUUGACAACAAUGCCGAGGUAGGGAAAGGAACCAUUGUAUUUUCUGGAAGCCUGCGCGGUUCGAUGCUUCCCCCAGGUAUUGUAGAUGACAGGCUUGACCAGAAUGCUACGGCGACCAAGGGCCUCGAACGGGAGCACCAGCGAUACCAGAUGCCUUCGCAUUCGACAACCCUGGAAUCACAGCAGCAGCGUCUUCUUUCGUCCGCACCGCCCCAACAGAUUUACUCCGGGUACGGAAGUGUCCACGAACAAAACCACGAAUUCCAUUACGGCAAUCCGGAUUACAACAACAUCGACGACGAAGACUAUUACUUCGACGAGCACGGAGGGUUCCGGCGGGACGGGGACCACCGCACGACCUACUGCGGGCAGCUGUUUGGAUGCCUGGUGUCUCCCAUCGCGAACCUCGUCGGCCAGGAAAACCUCCGCCGGUCCUUUUGCUACGGUGCCAUCGACGGCUUGCUGACCGGCUCGGGCAUCGCGUCGGCCCUUUGGGGGCUCGGUCUCCUGUCGGUCCGGACCAAAACCGAGCUCCGCGUCGCCUUUGUCGUGGUCACCCUUGCGGCCUGCACCGCCGACGCCCUCUGCAUGGCCAUGGGCCACGUGUGGACCACCUACAUCGUGACCUCGAACCACGCAUGGGAGCGCUCGCACGAGCGGCGGCUCCUGGAGCACGACAAGGCCGACUCGAAGGGCCGGCUCGUGGACAUGCUGCUGGAGCGCGGGAUGCUCAAGAUCGAUGCCAUGAGCCUGGCCGACACCCUCGAGGGCUACCCCGACCUCUUUGUCAGCGCGCUGGUCGGGGAUUCCCUCCUCUCGUCCGGGAUCCAGGACGCGCUGCUCGACGAGCGCACCGACGACGGGCGCAACUACCCGCGGGAGCACUACAGCCCCGGCACCUAUUCCGACCCCGCGACCGAUUUCGACGGGGGCGGGGCCUUUUUCGGGAGCUUUGGGUCAUGGAAGUUUCCCAUGCACUACGACUCCGACGAGCGGGGCGAGUUUCGCAACAUAGAGGACCGACACGCCCGGGUCGUGUACAGCGAGAGCCAGAAGGAGGCGACUUUUAUGAUGGUGGGUUUUGCCUUCUUUGCCCUAAUUCCGAGCCUCCUCUGGUUGUUCCUGCCCCGGUGGUUCAACAAUCCCGCCAACAACGGCGAUUUCGGGCAGACGCACGCGUAUUCCUCUCUGUCGUCGCAGGAAGCUUACUCGGGUGUUGGAGAUGGCGAAACCGUGAACGUACCGAGCCUAAUCAUACUGAUUCUGAGUUCCAUCAUCUGGUGCCUGGGAGUCUGGAAAAGCAGCUUUGUGGACUCCAACUGGGUCGUCUUUGGCUUGGAGACCGUUGCUGUAUUGAUUUUGUGCAUAUCUUCCGCUUACUGGAUCGCCGUCCUACUCGUUCAUUUUCUCGGUUUGGAGUACCUUAUAUUAAGCGGCGAAACAUCUCUCGGUAGUCCCGAUUUGUAAUCAACCUGACCAUGUACAAACAACGAGGCGGUUAACGACUACGAAAUUACAACGUGGUAAAGAAUAUCAG